AAUGUCAAAUAGCAAAGAGACAGCUGACGUUCUGUCGAGGUCAGCUUUUAUCGUAAAGUACGCUGUUUUAUCAGACGUCAGAAAUGCGUAAAGACUGGUCUGGUUCAUGAAUAAUAUGCCAUUUAGUCAUUCGUUCAACGACUUGUGGUAGGAGUGGGUGAAAGUUCCUUUUUAAUCUCCUCGUAACCUCCGAGCGCGCACAAUUUUCAAGGGAAAACGUUAAUGUCUCUCCCAAAAACAAGUUGAAACAAUGUCCAACGUAAAUGCAAUUUGCCGUAGAAAACAUGCAAAGUUUUUCAUGCGAUUUCUUGAUUUACUGCCAUCUCGUCUGGCAUCGCAUGAUUCCACACGUGUGACGAUAGCGUUUUUUGCCGUGUGCGGACUUGAUAUAUUGAAUUCGCUGGAUACGAUACAGCCGGCGACCGUGGAAACUAUCAUCGACUGGCUAUAUCGAUAUCAGGUCGUUUCGAAGGAAGGUGAAGUCGAAUGCAGUGGAUUCCAGGGUUCCAGCACAAUUAACACUUCAGUGCCAAACGAAAACAUUACUAAGUACAAAUGGGGCCAUUUGGCCAUGACCUACACAGCAAUUGCCACACUAGUGACCCUAGGAGACGAUCUCAAGCGCUUAAACCGUAAAGCAAUAAUAAAAGGUGUAGCAGCUGUCCAAAGGGAUGAUGGAAGCUUUAGCGCAUCCGUGGAAGGCAACGAGUACGAUAUGCGUUUCGUGUAUUGUGCGGCAGCAAUUUGCGCUAUGCUUAACGAUUGGGGAACUGUUAAUAAAGAGAAGAUGGCAGAGUACAUAUUAAAGAGCAUUCGGUACGAUUAUGGCGUGAGCCAACAUUUUGAAAUGGAGGCUCAUGGCGGCACAACAUUUUGUGCGAUAGCGGCUUUGCAGUUGAGUGGCCAAUUAGACAAACUUAGUCCAGAAACAAUAGAAGGGAUGAAGCGAUGGCUGAUAUUUCGGCAAAUCGAUGGGUUCCAAGGUCGCCCUAACAAGCCGGUAGACACCUGCUAUUCAUUUUGGAUAGGAGCCUCACUCAAGAUACUUAAUGCCUUUCAUUUAACGGAUUAUGAAGAAAAUAGAAGCUACAUACUAUCCACACAAAAUACCACCGUAGGCGGCUUCUCGAAAUGGCCAGAUUCGAUGACGGAUCCAUUUCACACAUACUUCGGGCUUUGUGGUCUUAGUUUCGUAAACGAACCAGGUAUUUUGGAGAUAAUGCCUAGUUUAAACAUAUCAAUGCGUGCUUACAAAAAACUGAAGGAGCUGCAAGGACACUGGGCCCCUCAGGAGCCUGAAGAGUGUUCAAAUUGUUCGAUUAUCGACAUAGAAUAGUAUUCAAAAUACUUAAUUUUCUAAAAAAAAAAAUUCCAAUUUAGUUCAAUGUGAUGUUCGAAGAGAAUAAAAAUUUAGUGAUUGUU